UUCCCGGCCCGCCCUGCCCGGCUCGCCCUGCGAGUCAGUUCGCUUGUUCCCUCCCUCCCCCGACGCGCUCGGGCCGCCGCAGCGCUCCCCGCCCUCGAGCCGCGGUGCCGGAGCCGCCCGCCGCCCGAGGAGGAGGUGGAGGGAGCCGGAGGGGCCCGCCGAGGCGGCGGCGGCGGCGGCAAGAUGGCGGACUUCCUGCCGUCGCGGUCCGUGCUGUCCGUGUGCUUCCCCGGCUGCGUGCUGACGAGCGGCGAGGCCGAGCAGCAGCGCAAGUCCAAGGAGAUCGACAAAUGCCUGUCCCGGGAGAAGACUUACGUGAAGCGGCUCGUGAAGAUCCUGCUGCUGGGCGCGGGCGAGAGCGGCAAGUCCACCUUCCUGAAGCAGAUGCGGAUCAUCCACGGGCAGGACUUCGACCAGCGCGCGCGCGAGGAGUUCCGCCCCACCAUCUACAGCAACGUGAUCAAAGGUAUGAGGGUGCUGGUAGAUGCCCGAGAGAAGCUUCACAUUCCUUGGGGAGAUAACUCAAACCAGCUGAAUGGAGACAAGAUGAUGGCAUUUGACACCCGGACCCCCUUGACGGCCCAGGGAAUCGUGGAAACUCGAGUGUUUUUACAGUAUCUUCCUGCCAUAAGAGCAUUGUGGGCAGACAGUGGCAUACAGAAUGCCUAUGACCGGCGUCGAGAAUUCCAACUGGGAGAAUCUGUAAAAUAUUUCCUGGAUAACUUGGAUAAACUUGGAGAACCAUUUGCCGUUUCAGAUAGGUCUUCCUUGAGCACGCCAUUCAAAGAUUACAUUCCAUCACAGCAAGACAUUCUGCUGGCCAGAAGACCCACCAAAGGCAUUCAUGAGUACGACUUUGAAAUUAAAAAUGUUCCUUUCAAAAUGGUUGAUGUAGGUGGUCAGAGAUCAGAACGAAAACGUUGGUUUGAAUGCUUCGACAGUGUGACAUCAAUACUUUUCCUUGUUUCCUCAAGUGAAUUUGACCAGGUGCUUAUGGAAGAUCGACUGACCAAUCGCCUGACAGAAUCUCUGAACAUUUUUGAAACCAUCGUCAAUAACCGGGUUUUCAGCAACGUCUCCAUAAUUCUCUUCUUAAACAAGACAGAUUUGCUUGAGGAGAAAGUGCGAAUUGUGAGCAUCAAAGACUAUUUCUUAGAAUUUGAAGGGGAUCCCCACUGCUUAAGAGACGUCCAAAAAUUCCUGGUGGAAUGUUUCCGGAACAAACGCCGGGACCAGCAGCAGAAGCCCUUGUACCACCACUUCACCACCGCCAUCAACACGGAGAACAUCCGCCUUGUUUUCCGUGACGUGAAGGAUACUAUUCUUCAUGACAACCUCAAGCAGCUCAUGCUCCAGUGAUGUACAAAAGACUUGCUGUUUUAAUACCUUUCUGUCCUUUUGAUUGUUUUCUGUUUUGUUUUUUUUUUAAUAGACGUUUACAACAGGAAUUAGACAAAUCUUGAUUCUGUUUAACUUCUUGGAAAUCUUAGUCCUUCUUCUGUGGACUUUGGUUUGUGGCUGACAGCUGCUGGAUGACACAUUGCCAAUAUCUGCUGAUGUUCAGCUCUGAUCUUUUUCAGUCUGGCUUCCGUUGAAGUGGAAUUACAGUUUCCAGCCAGACCUCAGACUAGGUAUAUUUCAGGCUUUAAAUUCUUCCACUUUUCAAACUGAAUUCUCUGUAGUGCCAAGUAUAGAAGAUGUCCUUAAAAUAUUUGUAGGUAUGAGGUUAAGAAUAUUCAGUUCUGAAACAAGUAAAAUAAAAAAAUCUUUUGUCUACCCUAUGCGUAGCAGCCACACCUGUGCCUAGCUUUAUGGUGACCUGCUUUGAAAGGGCCACUGGAAAAGGUUGCUCCAAGGAAUGGCACUCUGUGCAUUUACCCAGACUUAGCCUUCAUGUUUAAUUGCUUAUAUAUGCAAAAGUUGUUUUUGUUUUAAAAUUUCUGUGGUUCCUGCAGAUAAUAUUCUUAAGUGUUUUAAAGUUUACAUAAGGAUUUCUGAUGCUAAUGAAUGUUCACAAAUGGUACGGGGAGGGGGAGCAAAAGACAGGCACCUGCCAUCUAUAAUGUUUUGAUUAAGAGUCGAGUGAAGUAUAAUGUGCCCUUUUCUUAUUUAAAUAUCAUGUAUUAAAUGUGCCACAUGAGAGACAUUCUGGCCAUAGCAGCAAUCAGAAAGUACAAGCAGCCUGAUACAAGAACUUUCUAAAUGAAUAGACGCUUUCCCCAGAAUAUUACGUGUUUUACACUCAGACUUUUAAAUCCUGGGUCCUUACUGUGGGAAGUCAUUGUUGCACCAUCACAGACACCUUUUUUUUGCUCUCCUGUCUGUCCCCAUCAACUCCCGACGGUGGCAUUUAUGGGACUUUUUUGUUUAUUUGGAGCUUGCCAAGGGCAGUAUGUGUGUGUCUCUGAAAGGGUAUGUACACAUUUGCAACAUUAUUAUUUAUGAAAUUCCAGCUUUAUUGAGGUACAUUUUGAAUGUUUCAAGGAUAUUUCUGAGAAUGAGUAGUGAUUUUUUUUUUUGGUUCAUACUAAAAGAGUAUGAAUUUUAUAGUUUAAAAUAUACUUUGAAAGAGGGAAAUGAAUUUUAGUGAACCUCUGGAUUGUGAAACAUUUGACCUCCCCCCACCACUUGACCAAAUUACAGCGUAGCCACGAAGUAGCUUUGUGAUUACAGGUACACUCAUCGUGAGCUCAUCAGAACGGCUGGUUUGCAGUCGUGCAAAUACUGCCUAGUAGUUUACACGCAGUGUUAGAAUUUGAUUAGAGAAACAGAUGCACAAGGCUGGUGACAAUUUGGGGAGUCUGACCCCUUUUCUCCUUUUCCUGAGAGUUGUGAUUAAGACUGUGACACGUGUCACUUUAUAGCUGACUGUGUUCUCAGGUAUUUUACUGGCUAAAAAGUCCUUGAAAGAUUGAUCAACAUGAUGGAUCACCCAGCCUUUCCAAGACAUUGGCGCUGGGUCUGUCUUGCUGUCUGGUGAGAUUAGGGCUUUGCAGUGAACUCACCAGGGGAUGUUCUUAACGUACCUGACUUUUCUUGCAUCUGAAAUUGCCACCAUCAUUUCAUCCAUACCUGGCAGUGUUCCCACAUCUCGGUAAUCCGUGAGCUCCUGACAUGUAGGUCCACAUCACAGCGCGAGGUGCCUGGUGUAGUGUCUAGUUGAUGUGUGUUUGAGUAGGUCUGCAUCUGGUGCUUUGUACCAGAAAGAAUGCAUUGUUGAAAUUCGCAGUUAGAAUCCUUUCAGUGCUAGUCGGUGUCUGAGUAUGCGCACAGUGACCUGGAGACUUCUGGUGGAGAGUCUGCCUGUAAAUUUAGCAAAUGGUUUCACUGAAUGGCCAAAAUAUUAUUUAAUUCCAGUGAAGGCUAAAGCUAAAGUCACUUCCCUGUAUGUAUAAAGAGGAAAGACAGUCUUAUUUAAGUUAUAUUUUAGAUCUGUGAUACGAACCAUAAACAUUGCCUGACAAAGCAGGAGUCACCAGUGUGACGACCACAAAGAAAUGGCAAAGCACCAAGUAGAUACAUUAUUUUGAGCAUUUGAGGUUUUCUUUCCUGAGAGGUAUGAAGAAGUCUCAGAAUCAACUUUCUUUUAAAAUAAAAUCUAGGCUAUAUUUUGAGGUAAUAAAUCAUUUACACUUAAUGGCAGGCUUGCUUAGACAUCAUAGGGACCGUAAGGUUCAGUCUGAAGGCGCUAGUCCACAUAAUUUAUAUCUUGUUUAUUUUUAAACCAUUUGAAGGACUCCUACAUCUUCUAUACCAUGAAAACCAGAUCCCUUUGAAAUAGCACUGUGUGAAGAGGGAGAUGAAACUUAGUGAACAAAAUUGAAAGGGUGCUCGUAGUUUUCCCUAUGCCAGUCUCCCCCCAAUCUCUAAAGAUGUAAUUUGAAUACAAAGUUUUUCGGUGUUUGAUUUUCUAAGUCUUCAUGGUUAUGAUUUGGAAUAAAAUGUGCCUAAUUCUCUAUUGCAUUCUAUUCAUAAGUCUGAGUGUCUUCUUGUUUAGUUCUUAAGAAAUGUCACGCAAGUGUCUUCAUUGACCUUGAAAUUUAUAGUAUACAGAGUUGCCUUAUAAAUCAAAGAACACUGCAGAUUUUUGCCUUGUUUUUUUUUUUAAAGGGAAAAGGUUUUGCCAAAUGUUUUCUGAAAAUCCAGACAACUUAAGGUAUGCCUCUGCCACUCAAAUAUUAUUUUUAAUAACCCGAAUCAUUGCUUGCUGCCAAAUAUUGUAUUAAGUUGAAACCUUCAUUUCAGUGUUAUCGUCUGGAAAGGGCACUUGAUAGCAAGAAUGCAACAGCAACCAAAGAAGGCAUCGUGGAGUGAAAAGGUUUGGUUUGGUUUGAAGUUGCGUUGACAUGUAUUUUCACAUGGUUAGGAUCCUGUGGUUAAUCUCUCAAGUGAGGUUAUGUAGGGAAAUCCAUGUUCAGUUGUUGGCAGUGGUUGGUAUAAAGUAGAAGGAAAUAAGAUUACCUUAAUAUCAGAAGUGGUGAGAAGUGUUGCUUUAGAUUCCCAAGAAUCAUAUGCCCCAUACUUUUUUGUAAGCAGGAAUGAAUAAAUCUUAACUUCCAGUGCAUACUCAAAUACUUGUGUUUAUGCUUUUGGUAAAAUGUAUUUUCAGCAUUAGUACACAUACCCGGUUAUGCCUUAUUUAUAUGAAGAAUAAAGUUACCAAGUUUAUGUUCUGUUAUGUUCUGAAACUCAAAUCACUAUUUGAGAAACCAUCAAAUUGGUGCUUUCAUUAUAUAAUGAUACAUUGAGACAAAAACCCCAAGCCAAGCCAUUUGAAACAAGAUUCUCUCCAUUGCCAUUUGUAGCAAUGUUAUUUCUGUACAUGUAAUGAGAAGUCUAACUUCAUUGUUAACUCAAUUUCUUGUUUGAAUCCGUGAAAUCAUGCCUGUAAAGCUCAGUCAAACAUUUGUAACAAACUCCCUAAUAAAUCUAGAGAAAGCCACUUUGUUACCUUUUCAUUUCUUUUAGUUUUAAUUGAAGGAUCAAGAACAGAAAGUUUGCAGGUGUCUUUCAGUUGGAAAUCUGAGCUUCUCUCUCUUUCCCAUCAUUUGAACAUAUAAAGUUACAUUAGUCACAUGAUUUAUCCAUGUGUUUGUGUCACUGGACUAAAAGCACUUUUUUUUUUUUUAACUGAUAGGAUACAAGUUGGCUUUUCAGUGCAGAAAACAUGAGGACAGCAGGGCUUGUAUGUGAGUGGGUGUGUAUAUGUCUCCACAUUCCAGAUAAAGCAGAUGAUAUAGUCCAUAGCCAUUAAUUUACGGUACGAAGUUAGGGACUAAUACAUUUAUACUAGGGUUAAGUCUAAACCUGGACAUUUUAAACAAGUUGAACUCCAUGGCUUUUUCAAGUACCAUCAUGUUGGUAUUAGCUUUAGGCUGGUAAGUGAUUAUUAACAUAAAUUGAAGUACAAUGUUUGUACCACUAGCAUUCUGUUGUCUGUACUUGAAUGUAUAGUUAGCAAUUAAGUAUCUACAGUCAUUCUUGUGGCAUCUAGGUCUAACUAUCUGAUUUCAAAUGCCAGAGCUCAUGUGGAGCAAAAAGUGUUAACGAUAGGACAGUAAUUUCUGGGUUGAUUAAGAUUUUGCGACCUAUCCAUACCAGAUACUGAUGAACACUUCGGGUUGGACUGCAGUACGCUAGGACUCGCUAUGCAUUAAUGUUCAAUCAGUGAAUGUCGUAAUAGCUACACGCUAUCCCUUUGGUAUCUGAUUCGGGUUUGUAUUUAGAGAGCUUGUUUGUAAUAUUUCUUGCCAUAGUAAGUGAUGCAUUUGUCCUCAAUCAUGCCUGUCUGAUGGUGCCAGGAGUAAAAAGGGGAGGGGGCGGGUAGGAGGUAAUUCUUGGGAAGUAGAUGUGAAAAAGCAGCAAACUAUACCGUUUACCCUUUCUUCACCUCUUACUGGAAAGCAGAGUCGCAAAAUGUUUCAGUGGCUUUUCUAUACUCUAGCGUGGUGAGAGCUCGUUUACCACAGAAGCCUUAUCAAAAAGUAUGUUUUGUAACAACCUCACAGAUACACUGUACCUAACAAAACAUGAUUUGUAUUAGCUCUGUAUGAAAGUAUUUCUGGCUUUUUUAUACAUAUAUCUUUUUAUAGCUUUCCAGGAACUGAGCACAUAUCCGAUAACCGUUGUAAAUUUUUUUCUGUCAGUGCUUUUAGUUCAGGAUUGGCAAUAAAUUAUUUCUAAAGGAGGUCUGAAAGUGGGAAGAAUGGCUUGAUUUUAUGAAAUGAGUUGCUAGACAUUAAGGCUUUUUACUUUUGUACAUAUUUUGCAGACAUUUUGCCUCUUGCUAUUAAUAUUUGCUUUGUAAAAAUUACUGACAUUUAAUAAACAUUUAUAAACUA